CGUGAUUGAAAACGUCUAUUUAAAAACAGAACCGAAAGCAAUGAGUACAUAGCCCAGAAAAUCCAUCUCUCAGGCGCCUCGUCAAAUUCAAACCCUUAUCAGCGUGUCAAGCAGUGGACAGGAAGAAUGUGGCGUUUGGUUUGUCUGUGUUUCGUCGCUGCACUGGCAAGCAGCUGGGCUAGACCGCGUCUCCCUCCUCUCUCGAAUGAAAUGGUGAACUACAUUAACAAGGCCAACACCACAUGGAUGGCUGGCCACAACUUUCACAAUGUGGACUACAGCUAUGUGCAGAAGCUGUGUGGUACUCUACUGAAAGGACCGAGGCUCCCCAUCACGGUGCAGUAUGCUGGGGAUAUGGCACUGCCUGAUAACUUUGACUCACGUGAGAACUGGCCUAACUGCCCCACCAUCAAAGAGAUCAGGGACCAGGGCUCAUGCGGUUCCUGCUGGGCUUUUGGUGCUGCUGAGGCCAUGUCUGACCGCGUGUGCAUUCACAGCGAUGGCAAAGUGAGUGUGGAGAUUUCCUCUGAGGACCUGCUGACCUGCUGCGAGUCCUGUGGGAUGGGGUGCAAUGGUGGCUACCCAUCUGCAGCAUGGGACUUCUGGACCACUGAGGGGCUGGUGUCGGGCGGACUCUACAACUCUCAUAUUGGCUGCCGUCCCUACACCAUUGAGCCCUGUGAGCACCAUGUGAAUGGUUCUCGACCCCCGUGCACUGGAGAGGGUGGUGACACGCCCAGAUGUACGAAGAAAUGUGCCGAUGGAUACACCCCUGCCUACAAAGCUGAUAAACACUUUGGGAAGACCUCCUACAGUGUGGGAGCGAGUGAGAAGCAGAUUAUGAGGGAGAUCUCUGAAAAUGGGCCAGUAGAGGGCGCCUUCUCUGUCUACGAGGACUUCCUGCUGUACAAGGGUGGAGUGUACCAGCAUGUGACUGGGUCUGAGGUCGGAGGUCAUGCUAUUAAGGUCCUUGGCUGGGGAGUAGAUAACGGCACCCCCUACUGGCUGUGUGCUAACUCCUGGAACACUGAUUGGGGCGAGAAUGGCUUUUUCAGAAUCCUCAGAGGAUCAGAUCAUUGUGGCAUCGAGUCUGAGAUUGUUGCAGGCAUCCCUGCAUAAAAUGUCCUGUGGUUGGUGAAGACUGAGGGUGAGGCGGCUGCUACUGCACUCACUGCGCCCUCCACCCUGUAGAGACAUCCACUUAAAACACUGCCCAACCGCUGUACUGUAGGUGACAUGUGACUUGACUUGUGGCUUAAGGCUUAGUGCUGCCUGAUGCAGAGUUGGACACUUUGUUUCUUAGUAUUCAUUACAAUGUGGCCUUUUUUAAAUGGCUUCAGACAUGCUACACAUUUGUUUUAAUUUUAAGAGUGAUUUUUAUUGAGUGUGUGUGAGUGAAUAGUACUGAAUUGGAACUAUGUGAACAGGGUCUUUUACUUUGCACAAUUGAACCACUAGAAUAAGAGUCAUUGUAGUAUUGCAACUAUUGUGGAUAUCAAACAUGCUUGUUCUGACCUGAUUUAUAGAUCAAACGGUGUCUGUGUUGAUGAUUUUUUAUAUGUAAUAUUUUUUAAAAAUGCUCAUCUAAAUCAUCAUGAUGAUGGUGUGUUUUAUAAGUUAGUAUUUCUUUUGAAAUUGGGUUGCAGGGCUUGGAUUUGUACAUUGCAGUUUUUAUUUCUGUGAAUAAAUACAAUUCUCUCUAAA